AUCGCCAAUACGCCCUGUUCAGUCUGUUUGCACCAGUCAGCAUAAAAAGUCGUACAUUUCCAGGCGUUACAACAUUCAUCUGUUGAGAUGUUGCCUGCCAAGUUGACAAUCGUUGCCUUCUUGGCAUCAAUGUGGUGUUGCUCAGCAUUCACAGCCCGAUCAGCUUUCAAACACAGUCUGGCAUGUUCCGAUAAGAACAUUGAACUGCAAUGCCCUAAAAGUCAUGUGAUCGCGGUGGAAGAAGUACGCUAUGGUAAAGCCAAUACUCUCAACUGUACGGCUUUACCCACAGUCGCCACAGUCUUCCCAGUUGACCAGCGCUGCCUCCGAACAAUAUUCACGGAAUGGGUCGGGUUCAUCUGUGAUGGCCAGCAGCGUUGCCGCCUGACAAAGCCAAACCCAAGAAUGUUUGCAUGCGACGCCAAUGACAACUUUGUCCAGGUCAAGUACAUGUGCACGCCACAAAGCCCUGCUAUGCGCACAGUUGUUGCCUGUGACGGACAAACAGCAGCUAUCACCUGCGCUUUUGGCACCGCCAUCGAGGUUACGAAGGCCACUUAUGGACGCUUUGAUGAGAAUCUCUGCACUAAGACCCCCUCGGACGCAACCUCCUGCUCGAGCCCAUUUGCCGAAGAUCUCGUUGCAGACAGGUGUGAUGAGCGGACUUCCUGCCAAAUCGUUGCAAACCUAAGCUUGGGAAAUGGGACUCACUGUGAUAAUCUUCCCAAGUACCUGACUGUGAACUAUGAGUGUGUGUGAUUGCGCUGCUUGUCGGUCCAGCCCGAGACUGCAAGAGGAGAAGCACCUCGACAUAUAUUUUGUCUAGUCGCUCGUGUGGAAAAUCACAGAGCUCAUUAAAAACUUGCAUUGA